AUGGCGGCUUUCAUCACUAUUUACGAUCUAUUUGACGAAAUUGCGGAAUUCCGUGAGCGUGUCGAAAAGGAUCUCGCUGAUUUCACGAAGUACACGGACGAGGUAUGGAGAACGAUGGCGUUGCAACCCAAAAUGACGGAAAGAUAUAUAUUUGAUGCAAUAAUUCGAGUAAAACAACGUAAUGUUUGUGGAUUAGUUCUUCGUCCUCCACAGACAGAAUGGGAUGGUUAUGUCGCGCCGCAACGGCUUGCUAUAAUAAAGGCUGCGCUGAAGGCGAUGAAAGCCGACUACAAUGGCUCCAAAAAGGUUAAGCAAGCCAAACAGCUUAGAAACACGUUUUUUGCAGCCCACGACUACGCUUUAGAAGCGCACGAAAAAGAGCCAACAGAUGUUGACGUGCUUUCUUUGCUUUGUUCAGCUACUGGCAAAUUGGCUGAGGAUAGCUCGAUGAUGGAAAAAGUGAAAUUCGGAUUCGAGUUUCAGACUCCUCGAUAUCUUUCGUUCUGCUCGUUCCGCCCUGAAACAGUAAGCUGUAACAUGGUCAUCAUCUGGUCGCCACCUCCUUGCAUGGAGUGGCUUACAGUAUUUGCUGCCAAUAUCAUCCGCUGGAAGAAAACACCUCGAAUAUUUGACUACAAUGGAUCGUAA